AUGAAAACCAUCAAUACCUAUCAGACGGUGAAAAUCCCAGAGGGAUUGACUGUUUCGGUCAAAUCCAGGAUGGUCACUGUCAAAGGACCAAGUGGUGUCUUGAAGCGAUGCUUCAAGCAUCUGGCCCUUGAUAUUCGUAUGGUCAAUCCAAGACUUUUGAGAGUCGAGAAAUGGUUUGGCACCAAAAAGGAGCUGGCUACUGUAAGAACUGUAUGUUCUCAUAUUGAAAACAUGUUGAAGGGUGUAACCAAAGGCUAUGAGUACAAAAUGCGUCCCGUAUACGCCCAUUUCCCCAUCAAUUGUGUAACCACCCAGGACAACACCAUGAUUGAAAUUAGGAACUUCUUGGGAGAGACAUUCAUUCGCAGAGUGAAGAUGGCUCCUGGAAUUACUGUUAUUAACUCUAAAGCUCAAAAGGAUGAGCUUAUUUUACAAGGAAACUCUUUGGAAGAUGUUUCCAGAUCAGCUGCACUUAUCCAACAAUCCACUACAGUCAAAAAUAAGGAUAUCAGAAACUUCUUUGAUGGUCUUUACGUAUCAGAGAAAACAACAGUGUUAAGGACGAAGAAUAAAUAA